GGCCACCUCUAGAGCGACAGACCUCCUGCAGAACUCAGGGUGCAAAUAAAUAGGAAACUCAAAUCUGCUGCUGACAUUUCUCACCUACAGGUAAAGAUUUGGUUUUGAGGCAAAUUAGCGUCAUGGAAUUAUCGACUGAUACACGAGUUCCGCCACCUUCAUGGAUAAAUCACGCUUUCAUAGAAUCUGCUUUGAAGACUGCAGAACGUAAGAAAAUUACUGUGGAUUCCUUAAGUGUCCACUAUGCAAAUGCUGAAGGGCUUGGCUAUUUAAGCUUAAUUUUCAGAGUGACUGCCUGUCUGAGAUAUGAAGGCAAUGAAGAGACACACAAGAAAACCCUAAUAGUGAAAACCACUCUUGGGUCUGGCGAACUUAAUGCUAUGGCAGAAAAGUCAGAUGUGUUCAAGACUGAGGCGGAGAUGCUGUACGAUGUGAUGCCACAACUCUAUGAGCAGUUGGCAGCACUGGAAGGUGACGAGUUCCGGCCGUUGGCAGCCAAGUGCUACCAAUGGGGGCGGCAGCCCGCGACUUUCCUCGUGAUGGAGGACCUGUCAAUGGCUGGCUUCAGGCUGGCUCAGGCUGGCCAACCGCUAGACCUCAAACACUGUGCAGUCGCGCUACGGGCAUAUGCUCGGCUGCACGCCGCUUCAGUCUAUCUGCUCAGCAAACAGCCCCACUACAAGGACAACUUUUGUAUGCACAUAUUCACAGAGAAAAACUUUCGGCAGCUAAUGGCAUCUACAUGCACACAGUUCUUCAAAGCACUAGCGAAUGAGUUACACAAAUGUCCUGGCUAUGAAGAAUAUUCAGAAAGAUACAGGACAUUGGCUGAAUGCUUUCUCGAUGUUUCAUAUGAAAGGAUGGAACAGAUCAAGACGCGAACAAAGCUUCCGGUAUUGACACAUGGUGAUUGCUGGAAGAACAACAUGAUGUUUAAAUAUAUGAAUGGAGAAGUUUCAGAAGUCCGGCUAGUUGAUUUUCAGUGUUCAUCAGUAACCAGCCCGGCCUCGGAUCUGCUGUACUUCCUGUACUCGAGCGCCAGCGAAGACGUCCAUCGGCACCACGUGGAGGACCUGCUGCGCGAGUACCACAGCACGCUGGUGGGCCUGCUGCGGCGUCUGGGACUGGAACAGCAGGCAGAGGCCUACACCUUCGAGGAGCUGAAGGAGGACAUGGAUUACUGCUUAGUCAUCGGUGUUUACUUCAGUAUCACGAGCGGAUUUGGCCUCACCUCCGAGGAACACGGCGCAGAGUAUACAAAAGCGGUCAAUGAUCCAGAGAAGUUUGGCAAAGUUGUCGUUAAGUCAUUCAGGAAUCCGUAUUCAUUGUCCUACAUUAAAUAUCUGUCGCCAAUUUUCGUUAGCAAAGGAAUUUUAUAAUAUUAUGUAUUCCUUCCGGUAUAUUUUUGAAAAAGCCGUAGGUGUCAUUUAUUUUUUUACCUGAAAGAUAUAAAGUUAUAUUGUAAGGACUAAUCGUGGAAUCAUUGACUUUAAAAGAGGCAAAGAUUUAAAUUCAUCAGUCAUUAAAAGAUAUUCACAAGCAUAUGUGAAUGUAGUUGAAAUGUCAUUCUGUUACUAAAUUGCACAAAGAAGUUUGAAUGUUGUAUCUUCUCUUGGUGUAUUUUUGAGACAGAAUCUUACU